CUUGAUCUCUCUAAUUGGCAACUAGGGACCACGCCUUGUUCUUUAACAAUUUGGUGAAGUAUAUAAACCAGGGUCCACAUCCGAAUAUCAUCACAGAUCAACUUCGUCAGUGAAAUCUACCGAAAUGGCAUUCAAAUUCGUCGCCUUCGCCGCUCUCUUGGCUGUAGCUCGUGGAAGCGCCAUCCAUGGUGCUGGACUCGUCGCAGAGACCUAUGCCGCUCCACUCGCUUUUGCCCCAGUAGCCAAAACCGUCAUUGCUGAAGCUGAAUCCCCAGCCCACUAUGACUUUGGAUACUCAGUGAGCGACCCCUACACCGGUGACCACAAAUCUCAAGUAGAAUCUCGUCGUGGUGAUGCUGUCCAAGGUAGCUACUCUCUCGUAGAUUCUGAUGGAACCAAACGUACUGUAGACUACGCUGCCGAUGCCGUUAAUGGAUUCAACGCUGUUGUACGCAAAGAACCUCUUGCUCAUGUUGCUCAUGUUGCCGCCGUUGAAACCGUUGCUGCCCCAGCUGUUGUCGCCGCCAGAACCAUCGCUGCCCCUGCCGUAGUUGCCCACCAUACUCCAGCUCUUGUUGCCACCAGAACCAUUGCUGCCCCAGCUGCCGUAUCAAGCUCUUACCAAUCCAAAACCAUCACCCACAACGCUCCAGUUGUAGCUCACUCCUACGCUGCCCCAGCACUCUAUGCUGCUCCAGCUGUAGUAGCUCACCAAGCCCCAGCUGUUGUUGCUGCUAGGACUGUUGUUGCCCCAGCUGCCGUAUCUUCCUCAUACUCAUCCAAAACCGUAACUCACAGUGCUCCAGUAGUAGCUCAAACCUAUGCUGCCCCAUCUGUUGUUGCUCAAACCUAUGCUGCCCCAUCUGUUGUUGCUCAAACCUAUGCUGCUCCAUCAGUUGUUGCCCACUCCUACGCUGCUCCAUCUCUCGUAGCCCACUCCUACGCUGCUCCAUCUGUUGUCGCCCACUCUUACUCUGUUCCAUCAGUGGUUGCCCGCUCAUAUGCUGCUCCCUCUGUUGUAGCCAGAUACGCCGCCCCAGCCUACAAUGUAUGGUAAAUGAUAACGGAAUUUUCUAUUUGAGUGAACGAAUGUCUUGACUGUAUAUAUUGUUUUUAAGUUGUAAUUAAAAACAAAACAAAAAAUUAUAA